CAAGAGGACAUGAAUCACAUCCGAGGACACAGAGCUGCCAAAAUAACAGCCGCAUUUACUGCAUUUAAAGUUUUCUGUUUAAGAGCUAAGGAGAACAGUUCAGCAUCUGUUGAAUCUAAACCACAGUCAGAUGUUUGAAUGUUAAGCUAUUAGAACAAUAAAUCGAAGAUCGGAUCUCGUCUGAGGAAUUCACGCGGAUGUGACAGAGGCCUGAUAAAGGCUGUGCAUUGAAGCUUUACAUCAGUGACCAUGGCUGAAGAUCCGCAGAGAAACUUCCGCUCGGCGUACUAUGAGAAAGUGGGUUUCAGAGGCGUGGAGGAGAAGAAAUCUCUGGAGAUUCUACUGAAGGAUAAUCCACUGGAUGUGGAGAAGUUGAGCACCUUCAGUCAGAGGUUUCCUCUUCCGUCCAUGUACAGGAUACACGUGUGGAAAAUCUUACUGGGUAUUUUACCUCCUCACAGCGACUCUCACGCUCUGGUGUCUCGAUACCGUGCCGAGCAGUUCGAUGACGUCACUGCCGCUUUAACAGCCAUGCGGUUCAUCCACGCGGCCACGCCCCCUACAGAGCUCUACCUGCGCAUGUAUCAGCUGGAGAGCCAACAGCUUCCCCGGAGGACUGAGCUGAGAGCACCGGAUGAGAAUGAUGAAAUUUUCCUGGCUAUCGCCCGGGCGAUGGAGGAGAUCGUCGAUGACCCGGUGGACUGCUACUGGCUGAUCAGAUGCUUCGUCAACCAGUUUAAUCACAAGUUUGGAGACUCCAUCCCUCACCUGCCGAAGAGUCUGGAGCACUUCCUGUCUCAGGAGGACAGCUGUCUGUUGUCACAUCUGAAGAUGUCCGGUGGUCUGGACUCUCUGCCGUACUCUCUCUGGUUCAGACGCUGUUUUGCAGGCUGUUUACCAGAGUCCAGUUUACAGAGGGUCUGGGAUAAGGUCAUCAGUGGCUCCUGUAAGAUCUUGGUGUUUGUUGCUGUGGAGAUUCUGCUCAGCUACAAGAUCAUGCUGAUGGGAAUGAGUCAGCCGGAGGGAGUAUUUGACUUCCUGUCUAAUAUGCCGCAGGAAAACACAGACGCCAUAGUCACAAAAGCCAUAGACCUCUGGCACAAACACUGCGGGACGCCCAUGCACUCUGUAUGAGACCAGCACACUGUUUAUGCUAAUGAGGACAUCAGUACUUUUUUGGCUUUUUUAAAUGUGACUGAAACUUCAAUUUCAACAUCCUGACUUCGGAGGCCAUUGCAUUACAACUAUACUUUGUAAACGCUGCUAGCAAUCCGAUUUCUGAACUGACAAGAAACACAAGCUGACAAAUCGCGGUUUGUUUUUAUUACGUUUCUUUACUCGAGGAUCUGCAUACAUAAUCCCAGAGUGACAGUCACAUGACAUGCACAUGCGCUCUCUUUGCGGGUUUCUGAGCUAAUAGCAGCAGCGCAAGAGAGCGACGUUAAAGAACUGUAAACGGAAAACACAUCUUAAUCAUUCAAAACAUGACUUUUGCUCUUCUGUGUGUUAAACACUUAAAUUAAAUGUGAAAAUUCUGUCGUUAUGUUCAUGUCGUUUCAAACUCGUAUGCACAAAAGGAGAAAUUUCCUAUAAAACUACAGCUCAUAGUGACUUCAGCUGUUAAGCUCCAAAAGUCCAACACAAAUGACAGCAUAUGGGUUUGGAACGACAUUAAUAAUAACGUUAAUUUUCAUUUUGGUUUUUCCUUUAAUGUUCAAUGCCCUGCCAAUGUGUUUAAGUAUAAAAGUCAUUUAAAAAUAUUUAUAAAUAUUAACAAAACAUUUUUGUCACAUGUUGUUGCAAUUUCUGUGUGAUCACUGAGAAUAAAAUUAUAUAUAAAAAAAAAUAAUAAUAACACUGAUUGUUUCGUCCCUCUUGAAUAUGAACGCCCGUUUUGGUUUCAUUUUGGCAACAUGACGCCCUGUAGAUCAGGCAGAGUUUAAAGGGUGUGCUCCAAACAAAACGGCCUACACCCUACUUAGCAAACUUCAGCCAAACGCUUGUUUAUCAGAGUGAAGGGUGUUUAACCGCAGAGACAAAAGAGCAAUAAACAGACAAAAACAUCAAGAAUACAAUCAAGGCUUUAACGCAUUAUUGCUUUGUCCUGUCACAUCCGUCAAGAUCUCCUCCACUGUGAUUGGUCGGUGUAAUGUGGGCGUGUCACGAUAGAAGUUUUUGAAGUUGUAACAUGGUUUUGUGACUCCAAAAAUGCAGUAGAACAGAAAACUGUGAAUUAAAAGACAGAUAUUUGUAAUUUUGCUUGUAAUAACACAAGUUGUACUCUGUAUAAAAGUCUUUUCUGUUGUGUUUCUGUGUUUUGAGAGCAGAAAUAAAAGAUGAAUUAUUUAGAAAAUCCA